AUGAGGCUUCUCCUGGUGACAUUGACUGUCCUGCUGGCUACCGUAUGCAAUGCGUAUCGCGUACCGUAUGCACAGCAGGCGGCACUUUGCAUUCAAUGUAAAGCUGUAGUGUACACGCUGACACUUCCGGAGAUCGAGCACCACCAGGUUCCAACCGUCCUCGAGGGUGUCUGCAGCUUCACCGAGAUCGAGAAGCAGUCCUGCAUCAAGACGCUUGGAGGGCCAGACCCCAAGCCGGUGGAGAUCGAGGCGCACCCCUACAUCGCCGCGAUCGUCGAGAUUCCAACCGAGGACGAAAACGGACCUCUCCGAUGCUCGGGAACGAUACUGGAUCCCGAAUGGAUCCUAACGUCGGCCGGUUGUUUCACAGAGGAGGCCGAGGAGUCGGCGACUGCUUAUAAAAUGAUUCCCUGGACCAAUUUUCAAGUCCUCGUCGGCGCGGUGAAUAUCCAUCCGGAGAGAGGAGAGUCAACGGAUCCGUAUUCGCAAUCUCUGGAAAUCGCAAACGUAAUCCUCGCCGAAGACUACAAGUUGGACAAGAAGGGGGAGUAUUGGCAUGGCGACGUGGCGCUUGUCAAGUUGAACGGCUCGAUAACGUUCGGCCCUAACGGCACCGCCCCAAUCGCGGUCUGGAUGCCAACCCCGGAAGCCCUGGAGAAACACGUAUUCAAUGGACUCCACGUCUCGGCCUUCGACAUCCUUGGCUGGCGCAUUAAUGGCGCAUUUUCAAAACCCCAUGCGAAACUUCAAAAAUUCACAGCCGAGCGGCUGGCUGGAGACGACUGCGAUGGCUUGCACGACGACGAGAAGACAUUGUUCUGCAUGGAAACACCGGAGGAGGAUACUGUUUGCAGUAGCGACAUCGGCGCCCCUACCGUUUUCCAUACACUUCAACCGAUGUGGUCCUGGAUCCAAAUUGGCAUGCUCGUCGAAGCCCCAGACAAUUGCCGGGGUGAUAAUGAAGAGGAGGGCAGCCAGAUGCGCUUCAUCGACACGUCCGAGUAUUGCGAAUGGAUGGCAAAAAUGACGGAGAAAGAAAUCUGCACGGAUACCCCGCCGUAUCUGGAAGAUUUGAAA